GCAUCCAUAUGCUAUUUAUUGACUCGUGUAAGCCUUUCCCACGCCGUUGCGGCGACUCUCUAGGGUUUCAUAACUUACCGAAUAACCCAGCAACAGAAAAUAAACCCUCGUAGAACCACACAUGGCGGCGGGAAAGAAAACGAAGAAGACUCAUGAGAGCAUCAACAGCAGGCUCGCUCUUGUGAUGAAGAGCGGCAAGUACACGCUUGGUUACAAGACAGUGCUUAAUUCCCUUCGACAUUCCAAAGGAAAAUUGAUAAUCAUAUCUAACAAUUGUCCACCACUGCGGAAGUCUGAGAUUGAGUACUAUGCAAUGCUUGCGAAAGUUGUGGUCCACCAUUAUAAUGGAAACAAUGUUGACUUGGGAACAGCAUGUGGCAAGUAUUUCCGCGUGUCAUGCCUUAGCAUUGUUGAUCAAGGUGAUUCUGAAAUUAUCAAAACAUUGUCUGGUGAUCACUAAGAAGAUUGGUGUUGAUGCAUUUCUAUAUCCCCUCGUGAAACAAUGAUUAUUAGCAUGAUGUUUAUUUUUUUCGGUUCAGAAUAUCUUAUAGAGACCUGAUAAUUUGUCACCAUCCAAGCAUGUUUUUUUCUUCUUUAUUUGUGGACGUGCCUUUUGAAUUAGCAAAUGUGAUUUGAUGCUUCACUGACAAAAAAGGAUGGAUGAGAAGAAGCUGAUGAUAUCUUUAUUGGGUUAAA